UUAUCAUGCCAUUUUAUUCGUCGCGCGUUCAAAAUGCAAUGUUUGAGCUGGACUCCAUGAUGCCCAACGUUUUAGAGGGGUUAUAUUUUUAAAGAUUAUCUUCUUUAUUACACCAAUGCGCACUGUUUACGUGGUAAUUUCAUCCAGAAAUUAUUGACUGAGCCAACGUCAAGUAAAGUGGGGUUUUUUCAUCGGCGCAAAUAGAGUCGAAUAUAGUGGGAAAAACCGAGACACACAAAGCGUGUUCAAGGUACAGCCUGUAAUGACCGAGACGCACCUGUGUCAUUCGAUGCUCGAGGCUCUUAUUUUCUCAUUAGGAUGUAGACGCAUGAAAGUACAGCCGAUUCCAUGAUGCCAACUCAUCAGACAGCUGUUUCUAUCGAAAGAUGAGCUCUACCUGGUUGAUCGACAGCUGAUAAUUCAGUUCGUCACCUGAGUAGUUGCGAUGGAGUCAGACAAAAGGGACGUUCGUUCCCAAAGUGAUGAGGCCUUUGACGCCGAUGUUAUUCUCGAUCACCUGGGCAAUACCGGCUGGUUUCAGUUUAGAUAUUUUAUUUGUUUGGCCUAUGCGGUUUUGUUCCCCAUGGCCACCAUUCUCGCCUUUAAUUUUACGGGAGCCACGCCGGCUCACAGAUGCUUUGUAGACGGAUGUGACGACGAUGUUAGUCCGCAGUACAUGGCCGAUUGGAUGGAUCAGAUUCUCAUCCAAGAUCUGCAAUUCGACCCGAAACAUUGGCAAUGUCAAUUUCCAAAUCUCGCCAUUUUACCUGAAUGUGCCGUCAAUAUUACUGUUAACGAUGCCUGCAGCCGUUGGAUUUUCGACAAGUCUAUUUUCUCUAGCACAAUCGUAACCGAUUUUCUUUUAGUUUGCCAAAAUUCAUGGAAACCCACGUUCGUCUCAUCUCUCACCAUGGCGGGCAUAAUGGCCGGCGCCUUUUUCCUGGGUCCAUUACCUGACAUAAUUGGACGCCGUAAAUCUGUAUUGAUAUUGAGCUUCUGGAUGAGUGUUUCUGGCAUCGCGUUAUCGUUUUCCACAAGUUAUGAAGAGUUUGCUGUACUUCGCUUUCUCAACGGCAUGGGCUGUAUUGCUCUGAUGCAAUCUCUCGCCAUCUGGGGUGUUGAAGCCAUGGCGCCAAAUGUCCGAGUCAGGUUUAUCUUUAUCAUUUUCUGUUUCCAGUCGUUGGGUAAUUUGCUGACAGGAUUGCUGGCCUACUAUGUUCGUGAUUGGGCCACGUUACAACUCUACCUCUUCGUACCAAUGGUCGUGACAAUCAGUUACUUCUUUAUUCUUCCGGAAUCGACUCGGUGGUUGACUGUCAACAAACGAUACGAAGAAGCCAAGGAGAUUUACAAGCUGGCAGCUGAGCUUAAUGGCAAACAGAUACCCCCUCAUCUCCUGUUGAUUCCGGUGGCCUGUUCGCCUGCGAUAGAGCAAAUUCCAUUAGCCCAAACCGGCACCUGCUCCUCUUCUGGCAAUCGAGAAGAUGCCAGCGCUUGGAUGUCGAUAUGGCAUGUUUUCAAGACACCCUGUUUGCUGAAACGCUUAUUGAUCCUCUUCUGUGCCUGGGCAUCUGCUUUGCUAUGCUAUUACGGGCUAUCCUACACUGCUUCAAACUUAUCUAAAGACAUUCAUCUUAACUUUAUAUUGGUGAUAUUAGUAGAGAUCCCUGCGUAUUUAAUUGGCAUGGUGGCUGUGGAUACACUAGGAAGGCGAUUAAUCAUAAACAUCACUUUAAUCCUAGGAGGGAUAUUUUGUCUUUUGGCAGGUCUAGUCCCGCAAGAUCGUUAUGAAUUGAUUGUGACCUUCUCGCUGAUCGGCAAGUUCUUCAUUUCCAUGCAGAUCGUGACCGUCAAUAUGCUUACAGCUGAAGUGUUCCCAACCGCAUCCCGUGGUCUCACAAUCGGAUUGUGCUCCACUGUGGGCAAAGUGGGAGGCAUUCUCGCCCCAGUCAUGUCCGCAAUGGGUGCCAAGAACCGUAGCCUUCCGUACAUUGUUUUCGGAUGCAUUAACCUAGUUGUCGGGGCUCUGAGUUUAAUGUUGCCCGAGACGAAAGGACUUUCAAUACCCGCCACCAUUCAGGACGCCAAAGAUCUGGAAUCAAAAACACUGGACUUGAGUGGAUGCCGUCGUAAAAGCCCACCAAAAUGUAGACUCGCAUUUAAUACCACUUACAAGUCUAUUUGAUCCCUCGGAUGUAAAAAAGUUUAAUCCGCGUUUGUAUCUAAUCCUUAAUUUAUUCCAUUACAAGUAAAAUUUUGAAGGUCA